CCCAGGGGAGGAAGAGGAUUCUGCAGGGGGCAGAGACCGCAGCUACCUACAGGGUGUGCCCCCCACACAACGAGCGCCCGCUUUUGCCCCUUCCCCCACCCCCACCUUUUUAUUGGUGCUGGUUUGCAGCGCUUGGCUCCUGCGCCUUCGCUUCGCGUUUGAAUCUGGCUCGCCCCUCCAUAUUAUGUCUGCAAUCCGAAGGAAAUUUGGGGACGAUUACCAGGUAGUGACCACCUCGUCUAGCGGCUCAGGCUUGCAGCCCCACGGGCCGGGCCCGCAGCAGCAGCUUGUGCCCAAGAAGAAGCGACAGCGGUUCGUGGACAAGAACGGCCGGUGCAAUGUGCAGCACGGCAACCUGGGCAGCGAAACAAGCCGCUACCUCUCGGACCUCUUCACCACGCUGGUGGACCUCAAGUGGCGCUGGAACCUCUUCAUCUUCAUCCUCACCUACACCGUGGCCUGGCUCUUCAUGGCGUCCAUGUGGUGGGUAAUCGCUUACACUCGGGGCGACCUGAACAAAGCCCACGUUGGCAACUAUACGCCUUGCGUGGCCAAUGUCUACAACUUCCCCUCUGCCUUCCUCUUCUUCAUUGAGACCGAAGCCACCAUCGGCUAUGGCUACCGAUACAUCACCGACAAGUGCCCCGAGGGCAUCAUCCUCUUCCUCUUUCAAUCCAUCCUGGGCUCCAUCGUGGAUGCCUUCCUCAUCGGAUGCAUGUUCAUCAAGAUGUCCCAACCCAAGAAGCGCGCCGAGACCCUCAUGUUUAGUGAACACGCGGUGAUCUCCAUGAGGGACGGAAAACUCACGCUCAUGUUCCGGGUGGGCAACCUGCGCAACAGCCACAUGGUCUCCGCGCAGAUCCGCUGUAAGCUGCUCAAAUCUCGACAGACACCUGAGGGUGAGUUCCUUCCCCUUGACCAACUUGAACUGGAUGUAGGUUUUAGUACAGGGGCAGAUCAACUUUUUCUUGUGUCCCCCCUCACAAUUUGCCACGUGAUCGAUGCCAAAAGCCCCUUUUAUGACCUAUCCCAGCGAAGCAUGCAAACUGAACAGUUCGAGAUUGUCGUCAUCCUAGAAGGCAUUGUGGAAACAACUGGAAUGACUUGCCAAGCUCGAACAUCAUACACUGAAGAUGAAGUUCUUUGGGGUCAUCGUUUUUUUCCAGUAAUAUCCUUAGAAGAAGGAUUCUUUAAAGUUGAUUAUUCUCAGUUCCAUGCAACAUUUGAAGUCCCCACCCCACCUUACAGUGUGAAAGAGCAGGAGGAAAUGCUUCUCAUGUCAUCCCCUUUAAUAGCACCAGCCAUAACUAACAGCAAAGAAAGACAUAAUUCUGUGGAGUGCUUAGAUGGACUAGAUGACAUUAGCACAAAACUUCCAUCGAAGCUGCAGAAAAUUACUGGAAGAGAAGACUUUCCUAAAAAACUCUUAAGGAUGAGUUCUACAACUUCAGAAAAAGCCUACAGUUUGGGAGACUUGCCCAUGAAACUUCAACGAAUAAGUUCAGUUCCUGGCAACUCAGAAGAAAAACUGGUAUCCAAAACCACCAAGAUGUUAUCUGAUCCCAUGAGCCAGUCUGUGGCUGAUUUGCCACCAAAGCUUCAAAAAAUGGCUGGAGGAGCAGCCAGGAUGGAAGGGAAUCUUCCAGCCAAAUUAAGAAAAAUGAACUCUGAUCGUUUCACAUAACAAAACACCCCCUUAGGCAUUAUUUAAUGUUUUGAGUUAGUAAUAGUCCAAUAUUUGGCUGAAGAGAUAAUCCUCCCUAAGAAAUCUGAAAGAUAUAUUUCUCCCCCAGUCUAAUUAGCAUAUUUGAGAACUCUUUAUUCCCAAGUAUUGCUACUGUGCAGAAAGGAAAAUCAGGAAGGGAGAACAUCAUAAGAAAGCUGUUAAUGGGCAUGUAUUAUCACAUCAAGCAUGCAAUAAUGUGAAAAUUUUGCAUUUAGUUUUAUGGCAUGAUUUAUAUAUGUCAUAUUUAUAUUGUAUAUUCUGGAAAAUAUAUACAAAUAUAUAUUUAAAGGAGAGGUAGUCUCCCUAUCAUUUCUAACACAUGUAUUAAGCCAAACAUGAGUGGAUAGCUUUCAGGGUGAUAAAACUACACACACACAUACAUGUGUGUGUGUGUGUGUAUAUAUAUAUAUAUAUAUAUAUAUACACACACAUCCAUGUACACAUACAUACAUAUAUAUCUGAUAAAAAUUGUGAUGUUUUGUUCAAAGUUGUAGUUCUUGUGCAUGUUUACUUUAUUAGACUAGGAAGGCUACUGGCAUUAAUUAUUAAUACCAAAUAUUUUAGCCUUAAAUUAUUUGUCAUUUAAAAAUCUGAUUUAAUGUUUUCUGCUGUUCAAGGUCAUAGAAGGUUCAAUUGUGUUUUAUCAUGAGAAGGUCACAAAAGUUUGCCAUUUACAGUCCUGCAAAAGUAUUGCCUUAUACAUUUGACUUGUAAAUUUUAGAGCAUACCAAUACCUGGUAUAUCAUUGAAAUUUUCUCAUGAUUUUAAAAGUUGCUAGUACUGGGGGGAAAUUAGUGCUGAUUUAUUUGAGAAUUAGUUCUUUCCUGGACUAAUUAAAAUCUGGAAAUCUGUUUUGUACAUGGUAUAAUACAAAUAUGAGCUCUGAACAAAUGCUAAAUCAUUGUAAUAAUCAGUAGCCAGGUUCUAUUUGAAUAUAUAAGAAUUUGUGUAAAAUGACAUAGUCCCUGUUUCAAACAGAAUCAAUUGGAAAUGUUUUCACUCCUAUUCUGGAAUUUUUCUGUCCAUUUAAAAAACAAAAAAAAAUAUCUUUAAGGGAAUGCAAUAAGGCAAUGAAACAGAUGAUAAAUACUUAUGCUUAAAAUA